AGUGCUGUCUAUCAGUCUGCGCAUGCGCGCCUGACGUCACCAGAUGUCGCUGCAUGUACACUCCAAAAUAAUUUUGUUUUAAGAAAACAGUGUUUCGAGUUUUACCCUCGAUUCGAAGAGAACCUCCCUUCCCUAGCUUCAGCGGAACGCCAUUGUGAACCGUAACGACUGAGAAGGUAGGUAAUAUUUAUCCAUGAAUUUCGUUUGCAUCGGUGAGUGCUUUGCUUUUUUGGUGAAGUAUUUGGUUGUUGGUAUUUUUCUUUACAUACUUUGUGAGAAAUUUUGUCGCUUACUAGCUUAGUUGUAGUAUAAAUUUGGCCCAAAGUCGGUGCUGAAAUAUCAAUUUCGUAUGAGACAAUGAAAGGGCGCCAUUUCCUUAGGAUUUGAAAACUUGAAAAUCACUAGACAUGGCUGCUGAACCUGAUAUGCCUACUUUCAAGUGCGUGUUGGUUGGAGAUGGAGGCACAGGAAAGACAACUUUCGUGAAAAGACAUCUAACUGGAGAGUUCGAGAAGAAAUACGUUGCAACGUUAGGCGUGGAAGUGCAUCCUCUCGUCUUCCACACUAAUAGAGGGCCUAUCAGAUUUAAUGUAUGGGACACAGCAGGGCAGGAAAAAUUCGGUGGUUUACGAGAUGGUUAUUAUAUCCAAGGCCAAUGUGCUAUCAUUAUGUUUGAUGUUACAUCGAGAAUUACCUACAAAAAUGUACCUAAUUGGCACAGAGAUCUUGUAAGAGUCUGUGAAAACAUUCCAAUUGUCCUGUGUGGUAAUAAGGUGGACAUCAAGGAUCGUAAGGUUAAGGCAAAAAGCAUUGUCUUCCACAGAAAGAAGAAUCUGCAAUAUUAUGAUAUCAGUGCGAAAAGCAACUACAACUUCGAAAAGCCUUUCCUGUGGCUAGCCAGGAAACUUAUUGGAGAUCCUAACUUAGAAUUCGUAGCUAUGCCUGCUUUGGUGCCUCCAGAAGUCACCAUGGAUCCAUCAUGGCGUCGCCAGAUUGAGCAGGACCUGAAGGCAAGAAGCUCAAGAGACUGCUUUACCAGAAGACGAUGAAGACUUGUAAAUAUCUUAUGUUUGUGUGUUUGAGUUAAUGCAAAAUUUGAGAUUUAUAGCUAAAUUUGGCUACAUUCUGGUUGUUAAAAGAGAAGAACGAGGUGUCUGGUGUAGAAUGAAUGAAAAGAGGAUUGUUUACUAUUUUUAUAGGAAAAUGAAUUGUGCUCCAUUAAGCUGUGCACGUUAUAUGUAGGGCGACUUUCCGAUAACCUCGUAUAAUGGAGCAAUUCUUUUGCUUAAGCAUUUCUUGAAUAUUAACACUUUAACUUGUAAUUUGUUUACACAUAAGUUCUGAUUUAUCAAUAAAGUAUUUGUAAGAACGGUGUUCUCUGUAUGUGCAUGUGUGUUUAGUAUUAAUGACCCAGAGAAUGAAUUAGUGUGAAAGAACAGAUUACUUGGGCAUUGCACUGUUUAUUUGCUUGAAAAAUGAGAUAAGCAUUAAUUUUAUUUGUAAUUAGGCUGCUUGGGUUUCGUCAGGCCCAAACUUUCACUUUGGAGGAUAUUUUCAUUGUACUUUUUGUUCUGUAUAAUGUCUUAUAUCUUGACCUGGACUUGAGCAUUCAAGCUGUAAAAAAAAUUCAUUAUUGUGGUAAUCUCAAGGCAGUAAUGUCAUUGAAUUCAAGUAAAGCAUGUUUAUAAAUUUGAUAUUGCUUCUUAAUGAAUUCUCCUUUUUGUCCUGGUGUAAGUGGAGAGUGUAAAAGCAACCGCUAAUACAUAGAUUAAUAUGAUACAGGCAGUUAAAAAUUGCAAAUGUAUUGUAAAAAAUCUAUUUGAAUAUGUUGAUUGGUUGCUGUAAUUAUACCCGACCUAUUUAAUCCUCAGGCCACACUUUCUCUAUUCUUGUGAAUCAUUACCAGGGUGGUAGUUUUCAAAAUUAGUGAAUCUAAAAGGUUUCUAGAAUUACAUUGGGCAAGAGUAAAUGCUUGCAUUCAAUACUCAAUGAUUUAUACAAUACGAUUUUUUGUAUAAGAAAUUUUGGUAUUUGGGUAGCAUUCAAUUUUGGCAAUUUUGGCAAAUUUUUCUGGAAGAAAAUGUUAGGAAAUGUCCUUUGAAAACUUAUUUCAUGAAUUCAGAAACACUGAAGAUGAGUACAGUUCCAUGAACUUAUCGAUGUACCGACAAGGCCUGGAAGAUCUGGCUAGGGUGCACGCCAACUUGAAAGUAUGAAUGUGUUAAGUGCUUAAAGUAAAAAAAAAUACAAAUUUUUUUAAUACUUAGCGAAGGAAAUUGUUUCAUGAAAUAUUCCUUGUUUUCUGGCCUUGUAGGAAUUGUAAGGCAAAUCUGAAGAUGAGGUUGGUGAAGGCAGCGUGCAAAUUUUGAUGAUUUUUAGAAUUUCAUUCCUUUUAACAUUGAUUACGCUAUUUAAAAUUUCAUUGAUUUUUUUCUCCCAUUUAUUUAGGGUAUCAAAUUCUCUUUAACAUUUUCAUGGACACUUCCUAUUAGUUGGCACCUUUCAGGAAUUGAUUCACCUAUUAAUUGAGAAGAUUUGAAUUUGGGGAUGUAUAAAUUCAAUUAUUUAUCUAACAAAUUCAUGGUGAUUUGUAUACAAAUGGAGUUCAUAAGAGAAUUGUUACUUGCAUAUGUUCAAGAUAGGCCAAAAAAUACAAAACUCAAUAUAUAUAUAUAUAUAUAUAUAUAUAUAUAUAUAUAUAUAUAUAUAUGUUAAUCAUGCCAAGAAAUGUGCAUCCUCAAUUUUCUGAUGCUAAUGCAAACCAGGUAUUGGGGCUAUUUUGAUACACUAAAAAGUAACAGCCAAAAAGUAAUAUUUUUAUUUUUUUAA